UAAACACGGAAGAUACCUGCAGAGGUUCCCGCUUCUGAAGCGUGGGAAGAGUAAGAAGCGGCAAGUUUAGAUUUUGGUUUUGACCCCGAGGGGUUCCCUCGGGCCAUUAGAAACCAAGAGAGGAACUGAAGGCACCCGGGCCGGAGGUGGCUGAAGGGGCUGAACCUCCCACUUGUCCUCCUGGCGGGAGGGGGAAGAGAGGGGAGAAGCACCUAUCACAGGGCUGAGGAGCCUCUGGGACCGGGUUCUGGAGCAUGACGGGCUGGAUCCAGUCCCCAAGCAUGGGGAGCUGGAGCCGCAGAGGCUGUUCAGCUGGGCCCUGCCCGACUGUCAGCUCCUCGGUGAUUUCGCUGUCCAGGCAGCUGGGAGAUCUGUAGCCCGGCUCCGCUUGAGGUCAUUGGUCAGAAGAUUAGCAUGAGUUCUGCCUCUGCCUAGUUUCCUCCCCCUCUUUCUUUCCUCCCCCUUUUCUCUUUCCUCUCCCCCAUACACCGUCCUUCUUUUCCUACUCCCUGCUCCUCUUUGCCCUCCCCACGCUGCCCUCCUUCUUUCCCCCUAUCUUUCGAGUCUCCCUUUUGUCCUCUUUCUUUUACACUGUUUUCCAUCUAUCCUUUCCCUUCCCUCCUGUUCUUUCCACCCUCCUGUAGUCUGUCACCCUCCAUUACAACCUCCAUUCUCCCCUCCCUAUCAUCCCUCCUCAUUAUCAUCCUUCCCGCCUGCUACUCCUGCUUUCUCCGCCCCUUAGCCCCCGCCCCCAGCUGCCAGUCCCCGGCAGCUCAGUCCUGCGGUGAGAAUGUUGGGAGUCCAUAGCUAAGCACCAGGAGCUGAGCACUGACCGCUGUGCAUGCCUGCAAGUAUCCAGACAUGGCUCAGGAGAAAAUGGAACUGGACUCUGAGCCUGACACAUCUGAUGGGGGCAGCCUGAGGAGAUUCAACAGCGCUCCCCUGAUCCAUGGGCCUAGUAACCUUUCACAGGUUUUUCAGCCUUACACAUUUAGAACUCGAAGGAAUAGUACAACCAUUAUGAGCAGUAAUAGUCUGGUGAGUAUAGAAUUGCUAUCAUCCUCACCUAACCGGAUUUGUAGCAGCAGACUGCAUCAAAUCAAAAGGGAAGAAGGCAUGGAUAUGAUCAACAGAGAAACUGCCCAUGAAAGGGAAGUGCAAACAGCAAUGCAGAUAAGCCAAUCAUGGGACGAGUGCUUGAGCCUGAGUAAUAGUGAUUUUGACAAGCGAGAAAAAUUGUAUUCUCCUAAAAGGAUUGACUUCACUCCAGUUUCUCCAGCACCAUCACCCACCAGAGGAUUUGGAAAGCAAUGUUUUUCACCAUCCUUACAAAUGUUUGUGAGCAGCAGUGGUCUACCACCAAGUCCCAUUCCUAGUCCAAGACAUUUUUCCAGCAGGAGUCAGAGUCCAGUCAAGUGCAUUAGGCCCAGUGCUCUUGGUCCUCUUAAGAGAAAAGGUGAAAUGGAGACCGAAAGCCAGCCCAAGAGGCUCUUCCAAGGCACUACCAAUAUGCUGUCUCCAGAAACUGCACAAUUGUCUGAUCUCAGUUCAUGUUCAGAUAUUUUGGAUGACAGUAGUAGCGGCAGUAGCAACAGUGGCUUAUCCUCAGACUCAAUGGCUAAAGGCAGCACAACUGCAGAGUCUCCAGUAGCAUGCUCCAAUCCGUGCCCUCUGCUCAUCUUGGUGGAUGAUCUCUCACCCAACUGCUUACUUGCCAUUUCUCACAGAGCAGAAAAAGCACGUAGUUGCUUUUGUUACUACCCAUAUCGCUUCUUUGCUGUUGGACUGUAUGACAUGAGGAUUGAUUUUAGUGCGGAGAAUGUAAAUGUACUUACAGGACACCUGGAAUAGUCGCCACAGGUGGUGUUGUCAAGGAGAAGAAAUUCCUGCUUUGACCAGAUGUGUGGAGCAUCUACGAAUGAAUGAGUAAUGUUAUUUACACACAAACCACUGUCUAGAAAAGCAUAUGUGAAGCUUGACAGCUUGUUUUGCAUGGUAUUAUGAGGCUUGAGGUGCCUUGAGAUGCAGUGCUGUGUUAUAAACAUGUAUAUCAUAAGAUAGAGUAGAAAAAGGGUCCUUAUGUGACUGAUUGCCCCAUACUGUCUCAGUUGCUGCUUUUUUCCUGAUUAUUAUUUUGUCAUUGGAUUUGUUUGUUUUCUCUUGUGGUGAGCGAUGCUGCUGACUAUGGUUUGGUCAUUGCGUUGUCACCAAAAUCAGAGUUCAGUUCUUGCGCAUGCUGUCUUAUAGGAAAGACAGCUUAAUAUCUAUGAGGAAGCCUUCAGGAGCCAGAAAAAAUAAAAAAACAAUGUUAUUGUGACUUCAGCUUUUAAGAAGGUAUUUGAGCUGUGAACAUUCUACAUGAUAAUCAGUCUGAGGUACCGGAAGUUAAUAUUUAAAGGGAAAAUCCUGAACAAAGCUCAUUAAAAAAUGAGUGUAGUCUUUUGUUCUGUUAUUUAUUAUUUAAAGCUGUGUAAAAAUGUCUGUCAUGAUAGAUUUCUCUUAAUGUUCAGAUAUCAUGGGUGGAUUGUGUGUGUUUAAUAUGUAAAUCUGCCUGCUAGGAUCAUGGUAUUCCAGUUUUGAAUGUAUAUGAGAAACAAAGACUACUGCACUUGUGUCUUUUGAAGACAAAGAUCUUUGACUCUUAAAGGAAGAUGUUGCAUUUUGCCAGUACUCACAAACUAGUAAUACUGUAUGGUUUGAAGGAAAACAUAUUCUCUUUGAAUUAUAAGAAAGCAUCACUUACCUAGCCCUAAGUAGUUCUGUAAUAACAUCAGGUGUAUUGUUUACUUUAAAUUGUAAUGACCACCAUAGUGUCCAUUGAUGUCUUAAAUUUUCAUAUUGCCUUCAUCUGUGCAAAGGCCAUGAUCCUUCAAACCUAACAGAAACGGGUAUAUUAUGAAGAUUGUUCCCUAAUAUGCCAGUUUACUAUACUUGACCUUAGCUAAAAAGCUGAGAAGUGAUCCUAGCAUGCAAUUUUAAAGGAACAUUACUUUGAUGGUAUUUAGAGUAUUUACUCUGUUUGUGAAAGAACCAUGUUAAGAUGUUUCUACCUAUAUCAUACAGAGAGAUGGUUUUGUCUUAUAGGAUACUUAUCUACAUUCAUUCUAUGGUCAUUUUGCCUUAAAGGGACACUUUUGGCCAUUUUUGGCUGUAAUUUAGAACUCCUAAGAAAUAACCUUUGGAAUGUGAUAUUUAUUUUUGAAAGUCAGUAGUGGGGUAGAAUUAGGGCAGGAAAAUGAAAUUAUUCCAAUGAUAUGAGAACUAGCAAGCAAGAUGGUUCACUUUACUGUUUAAACCAAGGUUUGAUUUUAUUUUUUAAAUGGACUAGAAAGUUAAGUUUGUGCAGGGAUUGUUUUGAGAUAAAUGAAAGAGAUGCUAAUCUUCAGAUGAGCUUGAUUGACGGUACCCCUUUAUUUUUAUAUAUUUUUAAUAUUUUAAAGUGAUCAUUGUUAUAAAUUAAAAUUAUUUAUAUUCUAUAUUAUAUCAUAUUUCAGACUGAUAUUUGAAAAUAAGUACAUGAGAUGAUAUGCUAAGAAACUUCCAUAGAUGAUGCUGUUUUUGCUUGACUGAUUUAUAUAAUCACUGUACUUCAAGAUAACUGCUUUUGGAAUAAUAGGAAGUUUUGUGAAAUGCUGACUUUGUGUGUAUCUACA